AUGGCGAAGAGCUCGCGUUCGAAUCCACUCGACAAAUAUUUAUUGAACCUGUACACCCCUUCUGUCGAGGCGAAGAUCUGGAGCAUCGCGGCCAAAGGCUUGCAGCAAUCAUCACCGCCUACGUUAUACCCAGAGUACACUAAACCUGGCGGCACCCAUUAUAUCUAUCGAAAGGCUGAUUUCUGGACUUCUGGUUUCUUUCCCGGCAGCCUAUAUUUGUUGUUGGAGAGAAAGAAGAAACACUCACAUGUCCUCGGCCAGGCGGGAGACUUGUGGGCAGGCAACCUACACCCUUUGAGUCUUGAAUUUGCCUGCAAGUAUUGGACGGAAAGCCUCCAUUCCAAUGCGCUACUCAGCAACACACACGAUCUCGGCUUCAUGAUCAUGCCCUGGGCGAAGGUGGCCUACGAAUUGAAUCAUGACCUCCGUGCUCUGGACACCAUCGAACGUGCAGCGCAGACAUUGUUCUCCCGAUACAACAGUAGCAUGGGCUGCAUCAGGUCGUGGGAUAACUGUGUGACGAAGAAGUACAGUUUCCAAGAUGUGAAUUCUGAAUUCAUGGUCAUCAUUGAUAAUAUGAUGAAUCUGGACCUGUUGUUCUAUGCAGCUUCGAAAACUGGGAACGCAGAUAUGUUUUCUGCGGCAGUCCAGCACGCUCGUACAACUUCUCGGACACAUAUACGAGCCGAUGGUUCGACUACACAUCUGGUAGUGCUGGACCCACGGUCUGGCGAUAUCAGGCAUCGUCUUACCAAUCAAGGUCACUCGCAUUCGUCAUGCUGGGCACGUGGUCAAGCAUGGGCGAUAGCUGGAUUUGCGGAGACUUAUCACUGGACGCACGAUGAAGACUUUCUGCAUAUCAGUCAACGAGUCGCAAAUUACUUCAUCGAGCAUCUGCCAGAUUCUGGAAUCGUUCCAUGGGACUUCGAUGCGAUUGAGCAUGAAACCACAUCCCAGCCAUCGGACUCUAGUGCAGCGAUGGUUGCAGCAUAUGGCAUGCUGUUGAUUCACGAAGGUCUUGUUCAUCUAGGGCAAUCUUCCAAUUACCUCAGGGAGGCACUCAAGCUCACUCGGGCCGUCUGUGCUUACCAGAUGAAUCCUGAAGCCUCCUGGGUCGUUAGUGAGAUAGUCAUGGACACUGUCGAGUGUGGGUCCGUGAAGAAGACUGCCCAGGAGGCGAGCGUGGGCAUAGGGGACACGAUCUUAACAGGUGCUACGAUUAACAACUAUGAGUAUGCACCAAGAAGAUGGGCUAACCACGGCCUUGUGUAUGCUGAUUACUACUUUUUGCUCGUGGGGAAUAAGAUGCUGGAAAUGGGUAUCGAUUUGUGUGGCAUCCUUGUAUAG